GUACAGCAGGGAUCGCCACCACCCCUUACUGGAGCCUCGUGGAGCUUUGGGUGUUUUCGCUUAAUAAACACUCACAACGCCCGGUCUGGGAAUCGAAAUCGCGAUCCUAAAACUGCGUGUCCGCUGCUCAAACCGCCGGGCCAUUGCGUAUAUAUAUACACACACAUUCAGACAGACCUUAUUGAAGCAUUUCGUCGUUUCCGAGUCGGUUUUUUUAAACAUUUCUUUCUUUUCAAAACAAAAUUUCGAUCAACGUAAAUAACGAUGUUAUAAUUCGUCUUUUGAGUUUCUUGGAAGGACGUUUAUUGCUAUUUAAACGAUUUCACUGGAAUCACUGGCUUUUAUAUCGAUAACAGAAUAUCAAAUGACAUUGGCAUCAAAGAAUUGGUUGCAUCGAGGUACAGCAUCUUUUAAAGACUGGAAGGAAAUGUUCUUCGUAGAAUGGAUCUUUGGUGUCUUACAGGAAAAUAGUUCUUUGGAGCCGAGACAAUUUGUAAUACGCAGCAGCAGGUCUCUUCUUCUUCUUCAAGGACUUGAAUGCUUAGGAGAAGACUUUCAUUUGUCAUUCUAACAAUUUGAGAAGAAAUAUAUUUAUUAAGAGCAAUAUGUAAAAAGAAUGGAAAGCAGGAAAAACGACUGUUUAUUGUAGAAAAGAGAAGGGAAAUUAUGGAAGGAAAAUUAUGUAAUAACACGUCUGAAAAGACUGAUGUUGUUUGUGAUUUAAAGGAAGAGGAAGGAGAAUCAUCGUACCAGUGUGAUGUCUGUGAUGAAGCAUUCUCUGAAAGAGAUAGCUUGACUAAGCACAAAUGUAUUCAUGCAGGAGACAGGCCAUUUUCCUGUGAUAUCUGCGGGAGAUCAUUCUCUCGAAAGGCAGACUUAAGCGUUCAUAAACGUAUUCACACAGGAGAAAACCUGUAUCAUUGUCACAUCUGUGGUAAAUCAUUUUUGAUGAACUACAGCCUGACUCAACACAAACGUGUUCAUACAGGAGAGAAACCAUUUAAGUGUGAUAUCUGCGAUAAAUCUUUCGCACAAGGUAGUACCUUAACGAAACACAUACGUAUUCAUACAGGGGAGAAGCCAUACCAGUGUGAUACCUGUGGUAAAUCAUUCACUCAAAGUGAGGGCUUGACUAUGCACAAACGAAUUCAUACAGGAGAGAAGCCAUUUCAUUGCGAUAUAUGUGGUCAAGCUUUCAAUCAGAGCUCUGGCUUAAAUAGACACAAACGUGUUCAUACAGGGAGGAGGCCACAUCACUGUGAUAUUUGUGGUCAAUCAUUUUCUCAUAGCAAUUCUUUAAAAACUCACAAACGCACUCAUACAGGUGAGAAACCGUAUCAUUGUGACACCUGUGGUAAAUCAUUUUCUCGUUUAAAUUCUUUAACUUGUCACAAACGCAUCCACACAGGUGAUAAGCCGUACUACUGUGACACCUGUGGUAAAUCAUUCCAUGAAUCUGUUCAUUUAAUUAUACACAGCCGUAUGCAUACAGGUGAGAAACCAUAUCACUGUGACAUCUGUGGAAUGUCGUUCUCCGUAAGCUCUAACUUGACUAAACACAAGCGUACACAUACAGGUGAGAAGCCAUACCGUUGUGACACCUGUGGUAAAUCAUUUUCUGCAGCUGAUUACUUGAAAUAUCACAAACGUAUUCAUACAGGUGAGAAGCCAUAUAGCUGUGAUACCUGUGGUAAAUCAUUCUCUUUAAAUUGCGUUUUAACUAAGCACAAGCGUGUUCAUUCAGGGGAGAAGCCCUUUCAUUGUGACACCUGUGGUAAAUCAUUCUCUACAGGUAGUUACUUGACUAUUCACAAACGUAUUCAUACUGGGGAAAAAACAUAUCAUUGUGAUACCUGUGGUAAAUUAUUCUCUUAUAAAAGCAAAUUGGUUAAGCACAAACUCACCCAUACAGGUGAGAGCAUAUCGUGACACCUGUGGUAAAUCAUUCUCACAUGGGAGUGAAUUAACAAAACACCUGUUCAUACAGGUGAGAAGCCAUAUCAUUGUGAUACCUAUCGUAAAUUAUUCUCUUUUAGAAAUAACUUGGUUAAGCACAAGCAUACCCAUACAGGUGAGAACCAUGUUCUGAAUUCUGUUGCAAAUCCUCACAUGGGAGGGCAUUAACAAAACACUUGUUCAUACAGGUGAGAAGCCAUAUCAUUGUGAUACCUGUGGUAAAUCAUUCUCUCCAGAUUAUAACUUCACUAAACAUGUAUGUAUUCAUACAGAAUCUUAACAAACAGUAUCGCUUGCAAAUAUUGCCACAUGGCCAGCCCACAUGUGGAUGGGAGGUAAAUCUGUUACAUCAACCCCAUUACUUGACUAAUACUUAUACUAUUGACCCCAAAAGGAUGAAACAUAAAGUUGACCUUGGUGGAAUUUGAACUGAGAACAUAAAGUGAUUACCUAUUUCUUUAUU